AUGACUGAGAACGAAGCCUCCAUCCACUUCACCUGCCUGUUCGACGUGGCCAGGGACGACGCCACAAAGGAUGUGCCGUUGGAAAGAUCUCGAGAGCUGGUCGAGUCUUUCGUCGACGUCCGAGACGAUUUUAACAACAGUGCCGAAAUCAUCAAAGAGCUCGUGACGCUCGUCCGUCCCACCAGGGAGGGACAUGGGGCUCUUUUAGCGCGCUGA